CUUUCUUUUCAGGAAUGCCAAUCUUUGAGAGAAGAUAAUAAAAAAUUACAAAACGCAUUGACGUUAAAUCAAGUGCCACACGUCCAAGUGAUCGACAAUGUUUUUCUUCAAACUCAAAUUGAAACACUUCAUUGGCAACUUAAACAGAUCGAAUCAAAUAAACAAAUGUAUCGAUCAUUGAUGGAAGAAGUGGCACGUUUUUUGGACCGAGCCCACAAGAGCCUGAUUAUUCUUCACGAGAAGAACAAUUCCAAGGACAAAAGUAAUGCUCGUGUACCACGUAGUAGAAGCGUUCAUGCAGUCGAUACAACCGAUUGUUCACCUAAUCGUGGCAAUUCAACAACGUCAUCGUCGUCAUCUGGUUCAUCGUCAGCAUCAUCUCGUUUUACUCGAGCAAAAUCGGUCAAUCAGAUUUCAGGUGGUUCAGCGUUUCGUGAAUUCACAUGGUCCGUUUUACGUCGUAAUCAAAAUUCAAAUUUCGAUAAUAACGGACAACAAUGUGAACAAUCCUAUCAUGAUGAGAAAAAAACAAUGGCGGACGAUGUAUCAUAUAUGAAACCUAAACAAAUGGAAUUAAAUCCUGAUGACGUACCACCGGAAAAAUUGUCUCAAGAAGCAUUUAGGUUAAUGAGAACUGUACAAUCAUUGUUAUCAAUGAGAGAACCAGAUUUAUCAAGAGUAUCACCAUACGAUGACAGUGGAAUAUCACCAUCACCAACUAAUAAUCAUUAUCAUAAUCAUCAUCAUCAAUAUCAUCAUCAUCAUCAUCAUCAUCGUCACGACAGUUCAAUGUCACAAGGAGACAAUUUUAUGAACACGUCUAUUGUACAAGACGACAAUUAUGAUGAUAGUAAUAGAUGUAUCGAUGAAAAUGAACGUGAACUUAUUAAUAAUGAAACUAAUUGUUUGGAAUAUCAAAAUCGAGAUAAUUGUCAAUCGAAAUUAUUAUCAUCGUCAUCAUCGUCAAGUAAUACGGAUGUUAAUCGUAAUAUACAAAAUUUAUUACCAGGUGUUAGAACAUCUGUAGAUGCAUCUUCGUAUAAUUCUGCUAGUAGUAGUAAUAAAACAAUGGAAGAUGAUGAACAACAAAUAAUUGUUUCCAAUCGUGAUAAUACAAUUGAUAAUAAUACCCGUAAUGAACAACGUAUUUGUAAUACUGUAAACAAUACGUCAACGCCAUUAAACAAAUGUCAAAAACGUAUUGAUAAAAAAGGAAUGAACAAUAAUAAUAAUGGUGGUGGUGGUGGUAUUAAUGAUCUCAUGGUUAGAGCUGUUAGAGCUAAAUUGGCAAACAGCGUUAGUAGUGCUGACGAUGAAAGUGGAUUUUCAUCUAUGAGCUCAUUUCAAGAAGUUGGUUUACCAACUUCACCUGUAUCACCUAUCAAAGGUUGUCACACGGAAGUUGGUUUACCUGAGAUUCCCAUUGAUAAAGUUGCACAUAGACGAUGGUCUUCUAAUCCAACCGAAAUACAAGCACUUAUUAAACGACACAGUGCUACCAAUUUUACGACCAAUCAAACCAAUAACGAAUCUUUAAGCGUUUGGGUUUAAAUUUAAUAUUACUUUAUUGUAGAAUUAAUUAUAUUACUUUUUAAGUGUACAAUUUGUUUAGUUUUUCUUUUUUUUUUUUUCUGUUCGUUUAAGUCUUGAUGUUAUUAAUCUCGUCUUGUUUAAGAGAAAGAGAGAGAUAGAGAGACUAUUUCUUCCAAUAACAAGUGAUUUACAAUUAUUUAUAUUUAUAUAAGAUUUAAUUAUUAUAUGUUAACAUUUUGUCUAAUUAAUUAUGUCCUACUAGAUUGUUUUCAUUAAACAACAACAACAAAAAGAGAUCUGAAUCUUAUCUCUUUUUUUCUUAUUUCUUUAUACAUAUACAUAUAUUUUUGUAAAUAUAAUUUGUCUUCUUUUUCUUUUUUUUUAAUUAUAGUAUUAGAUUGUCAAGUAUGAAAUGGGGCAAAAUCGAAUUCAAUUAUAUGCAUUUUUUGUCCCAUUUCAUAAUUGACAACCUAAUUGAUAUACGUAAGCACCACACAUGUGUGAAAUCUCGACUCUACACAUAAACAGUCUCUCUAAUAAUUCAUAAUUUGUUUAUUGUUUAUUAAAAAAAAAAUGCUACUUUGACUGCCACAAGCUAAAAUCGUACAAGUAUAUUAUCUAAUUAUUAUGGUGUUUUAAUACAAUA